AAACUAAAUUCGACCCUGUACAGUGGAAAUAGUGGUUACUGAGCUCAUUUUUUCAAAAAAAAACAUGAAAUGAAUUUAAUCAAACAUUUCAAAUUCUGAUUGAUCAUGGCAGGCAGUUUACAGCAAUUGAAUGAAUGGACAAAUGAUCAUUUGAAAGAGUUUUUCCACCGAAUUCUUGAUGUUUGUUGUGACAUGUAUACGGUUGAUCUACAACAAUCCAAGCAAUGUUACCUUGAUGACCAAUUCCACAGUCGAUUUCCUAUAGAAAAAAAUACUUUGGUAAUUCUCAGCGAACAUUUGAUACGAUUUUUUCUGACGAACGUUUGCCAAAAUAAUUUACUCAUUUUCACCAAGAAAGAAGAAUGCAACGAAAAUGUGAUAAAGAUUGCCAAUGAUUGUUUACGAAUUAGAAGAUUGCAACUAUUCAAAGCGAUCGCUUUCAGAGCGGCAAGCGCACGUCAUGGUUAUCUGGACAAUUACGAUUGGUCACUUAUGCACGUUAUCUGCAACGAGCGAAUGUUGAGCAUGCGAAAAUUUUUAGUCAAAUUGACUCUGGUCAUCGUUGGUUCCGAUCAACAACGUCGAACCAUCUCUAUUGAAAUGAACAAACUGGAAUUAAGUUCGUUCAUACGAACAUUACAACAGGCAGAAAAAGAUCUACGAGAUCAUUUGAUAAGUAAAGACGUGGCCAAUUCAAUAGUCGUCGCCUAAGUGAUGCAAGCACUUAUGCUGAAAUACACUUGACUUUUAAUUAUUUUAUUUUGUUGAUAAUCGAUGUAAUCGAUCCAAGCAAUAUCCUGAUUGAAUUUGAUAAUAAAUUU